AUGAUGCUUUGGUGAAUUUCAGGAUGUUACUAAACGCGGUGGAAUUGAGUGAUAACAAGCUCUAUAUUUGCAUCGAUGAAUACGAUGGUAGUAUGAACGAAGCCCUUAAAAACAAAACACUCUAUCAUCACAAAGACAAAGGUGACAUCAAAAUCGAAUUAAUUGAAAGUUCAUUUAAUCAAUUCUUCAGUAUAUUGAAGACUGCUUGUGAUGAAAACAUAGCUUGUGUUUUCCUAACUGGUGUAACUCCUGUCGUUAUGGCUGAAUUCACCUCGGGUUUUAACAUUUCAGUAGAUUUGACGCUAGACGAAGAAUUUUGGGACUUGUAUGGAUUCAAGAAAUCGGAAAUUAAGAUUCUCUUGGAUAAGGCUUUUGGAUAUAAUUUAUCAGAUAAUAUUAAAGAGCAAAUAAUGUCAUGGUUAAAGGAGGAAAACGAUGG